CUGAAGAGAACUAUCUCCAGAGAGAGCGAGAGAGAGAGAGAGAGAGAGAACAAAAGUGCUGUGAAGAGAGCGGAUGAAUGGAACGAAUGGAUGGAGACGAGUGUUGAUUUGAUAUGAGAGUCGAGCAUCGUCUCAGGUUCAUUCUUCGCCUCUGGAUGUCGAAGAACUCUCUCAAAUGUAACGUUCAAGUUGUCUCCUGACUCAUAAUCCAUCUGCUCGGUGAAGCUCUAAACGCUUGCGUACAGCCAGGAAAACAAGACCGAGGCUCCUGAAGGUGACGGGGAACAUGCUGUCGAUGUCAAACUGGAACUUUCCGGCUUCCACACACUUGAAGAGCCAUGGAAAGCAUCCUACGGAGCGGACCGAUGUCCCUCGAUGGCUCUGAAUGGGACGGGUGCUGGAUUCAGCUCCUCUGUGGUAUCGACGGACAGAAGUGACAGCCGUGGGUGAUGGAGCAGAAGGUGUCUCUGGUUCUCAAUAAUUCAAUGGAUUGUAAUGAGAGUGAAAACAGAAACAGGUCAGACUUUUUGACCGCGAUGUCUGUGCAGAAGAACUGGGUGGCUCUGUUGAUUUCUCUGGUCAUUAUAAUCACAGUGACGGGGAAUAUUCUGGUCAUCAUGGCCGUGAGUCUGGAGAGAAAGCUACAGAACGCCACCAACUACUUCUUGAGGUCUUUGGCCUUUACAGACAUGCUUCUGGGUAUCCUGGUGAUGCCAGUGGCCAUGGUGACCAUCCUCUAUGGUUACACUUGGCCCCUGCCCUCGGCCUUGUGUCCCAUCUGGAUCUACCUGGACGUCCUCUUCUCCACUGCCUCCAUCAUGCACCUGUGCGCCAUCUCUCUGGACCGCUACAUCGCCAUCCGCAACCCCAUCCACCACAGCCGCUCAAACUCUCUAACUCGAGCCCGUGUUAAGAUCACGGCAGCCUGGACCAUCUCUGUAAUUAUCUCCAUGCCCGUCCCGGUCCUCGGCCUUCACGAUCGCUCCAAAGUCUUCCGCAACGAGAGCUGCCAGCUGACGGACGACAACUUCGUCCUGAUUGGCUCUUUCGUGGCGUUCUUCAUCCCGCUCAUCAUCAUGGUGGUCACCUACGUCCUCACCGUCAGCUCUCUGCAGAGCGAAGCCACGCUGUGCCUCGACCAACUCAUCGUGCGGCCGAAGUGGUCGUCCACCGUCGGCCUCCUCCCGCGAGGCUCGCUCUCCUCCGAGCGCCUCUUCUCCCGUUCCUCUCUCUGUCGCCACGGCGACGGGUCCGCCCGAGGCUCCGGCCGACGCACCAUGCAGUCUAUCAGUAACGAACAGAAGGCCUCGAAAGUUCUGGGCGUGGUCUUCCUGCUCUUCGUCAUCAUGUGGUGUCCGUUCUUCGUCACCAACGUGAUGGCGGUGGUCUGCGGCUCGGCGUGCGACGAGCAUUUGGUGGGCGGCCUGAUGAACGUGUUCGUGUGGGUGGGUUACCUGUCGUCGGCCGUCAACCCUUUCAUCUACACGCUCUUCAAUAAGACGUACCGCGCCGCCUUCGCCCGGUACAUGCGCUGCCGUUACCGCGAGGAACGGAGGCCUCUGCAGCUGAUCCUGGUGAACACCAUCCCUCCUCUGGCAUACAGCUCCUCUCUGAAGGCCGACAACUCAUUAGACGGGAGGGGGGAGGACUUUUCUCACAAAGACAAAUCUAAAUCUGCACAUGCACAAAACAAGCAGGAGCGGGAUGAGGUUGUGAGUCAUGUGUGAGAGCACCUGUACACCUGGCAUUCACAUGUGAGAUCAAAACAAUCCGACAGCACCCAAAUUAAAAAUGCCCCAUGAUGCAUUGCGAUUCGCCAGGGACCAUUUGUGACACAUUGGUAAUCAUUGUUCGUCAUUUUAACACAGACACUGCUGUGUUUCAGUCACUGGAUUUAGUGAACAACGUCCCAUUAAGUUUUUUUAUUCCAGCACACUUUGUUCCUGCACUAAAAUCUUCGCUCACUCCCUUCUGGUCCUCUGGGUCACUAGAUCUCUGUUAGCAUCAUUGCCUUUUAAAGUAGGAAAAUGCAAUUCUUUCAUUUUUUAGAACUCAUGUUUUAUAAUUCUGCAAAUGUUCUCAGAAUGUUGGCUAACGUUCUGUAAAGAGCGUUUUAUCAACGUUAUUGCUAAAUGCGCAUAAAGUGUUAUAGAAACAACAUUGGUAUAACAUUGGUAAAUGUUGGCAUGUUAUUUUUUUCAUUGUUUAAAAUCAUUCAAAAUUACAUUUUCAUAACUUAGCAAUAUUAGCUAAAUGUUCUCAGAAUGUUGGCUAAUGUUAUCCUAAAGUGUUCAUGCGAUCAACAUUAUUGCUAAAUGCUCUGAAAAAAAGGUUAUCAAAACAUUGGUAAACUGUAAUCAAAAUUGUUGGUUCAACUUAAAAAAAUAAGUUACCUGGUUGCCUUAAAAUGUUAAGUUAUUCAACCUAAACAUAUUAGUUAACACAGCAAGUUUGCAUCAAAUUCGUUGAGUUAACUAAUAUUUAUAAGUUGCAAAAAACUCACAAAUUUUAGGCAACUAAGUUGAACCAUCCAAUUUUUUUACUGUGUAUAACAUUGGUAAACGUUGGUAGGCUAUAUAUUUUUUCAUUGUUAGUGGAGUUUAAAAAACCUUCAGAAAUACCAUUUUCAUAACUUAAUAUUACCAAUAUUAGCAAAAUGUUCGCAGAAUGUUUGCUAAUGCUCUCUAAAAGUUCUCAAAAAGUGUUCUUUUUCUAUUUUAAAGAGCAUUUAAUCCACAUUAUAUAACAUUAUUCUUUCACUGUUAGUUAAGAUAUCUUGGCAAUGUUAGCAAAAUAUUGCAUGGGUAUUUCUUUUUGGUUAGCAGUAAAAAGUAGGUCAGUCGUGUUUUUCUGGUGUUAUAAAGAAUGAUUAGAUCUGGAAACAUCGGGUGUAAAUGCAACCCAGCUAAAAACAGACGCGUAUGUUAAUGCCAGGUGUAAAUAAGAUCUUUGUAGGUCUCGGUGUAAAAAAACUCUUUUUCUUUUAACAUCAGCACAGAUAAUAGAGCAGCAAUGAAGUUCACAGAUCACAUUUUGGCACUCAAAUCACAACCUCUUUUGUACAGGAUUUGUAAAAUACUUGUGUUUGUUAAAUAAUUGUAAAGCUCAUUGGAGUUUGAUGAUCAUCCAGAAUGUUUAUACAGAGAUUUAAUGGUGAAAACAAGAACCAGUGUGAAUGAAACCGUUUUUGUCAUUUCUUGUAUUUAAGAGUUCAUUUUCCAUAUGAAGUUGAUUAAUUUAUUAAUAUUACACUGUAAAUAGCACUGUAAAGAUUUGUGUAUGAUAUGUGGCUAGAUGAAAUAAACGUUACAAGCAAGAUUUUCUGGUCAUUUUUGUUGAGCCAGACGGCUGGAUGGGACGGGAUUCGACAA